AGUAAAUACAGUUAUCAGUGAGAACUGAGAGGCUGUUUCCCACGCAUAUAGGUCAACAACUGUGUAUGAUAUGAUGCCUAAAGAUGAGGAGACUUAGCUCAAGUCUGCACACGCACACAGUCUUGUCGAUUCAUCAGCACGCGAGGCACCUAGCUCCACUCGUCACGAUUUUAACGCUGGCCGCCUGAUGCCUAUAUGCCUGUUUGAGCACGACGAAGACACCUGCCAGUGUUUCGCUUUACUGUGCACUUAUUUUUGUGGAAUUAAAUUCGUUUUCAUUGCGUUGAAUUGCCAUAGGAUAGGAAACUAUAGGCAGGACUUGCAUUUUAAGAAUGUGGACAAUUAGCUCUUUAUAUUUUCACCUUUUAUUUUUUACUUCAAAUUAUUUACAUUGUAUGAUUGACGAGCAGCUGGAUUGUUAAAGCUCCAGUCGUAUGUGAGGUCGUGGGCUACAACUCACACGGAGGAAUCGUCUGGCCAUUCGAUUUCCACACCCGAAGCGUGCUGAUGUCAGUGCAUGACACCAUCGGAGCGGCAGAGAGGCUUCCUAUCGCUCGGCCCUGAGGGAUAUAGAGACAGGGGCGUCUGUGUUCUCUAAACCUUCUGAAUGAAGACGAUUGCUAUAAUGGACUUGAAAGUUGAGCCAGGAGAGAUGGACUGCGAUCAACCACCUCCAAUUGAGGUUUUCGCGAAUACUUCAACACUGCACGGCAUCUCGCACAUCUUUUCCUACGACCGGAUCAGCAUCAGACGCUGCCUGUGGCUGCUAUUUUUUCUGAGCUCGCUGACGCUUCUACUGUAUGUGUGCACAGACAGGAUUCAGUUCUACUUGGAGUAUCCGCACGUUACCAAACUGGAUGAAAUCACGACACCUGUGAUGGUGUUCCCCGCUGUCACAUUCUGCAACCUGAACUCUUUUCGCUUUAGUAAAGUCACUCGCAAUGACCUGUACCAUGCGGGGGAACUGCUUGCACUGCUUGGUCCCAGGUAUGAAAUCCGGGACCAACACUUGGUGGAUGAAAGUGUCCUUGAGGCUCUCAAGGUCAAAGCUGAUUUCCACAACUUCAAGCCACGACCAUUUAACAUGCGAGAGUUUUAUGACAGGACAGGUCACGACAUUAACAACAUGUUGCUGUCUUGUCGUUUUCGUGGGGCUCCAUGCCGGCCAGAGGACUUCAAAGUGGUGUUUACACGCUAUGGGAAAUGCUAUACGUUUAAUGGGGGAAGUGACCAGUCCCCACGGAUCAGUGUGAGAGGUGGAAUGGGCAGUGGCCUGGAGAUGAUGCUGGACAUCCAACAAGACGAGUAUCUGCCUGUGUGGGGAGAGUCAGAUGAGACAUCUUUUGAGGCCGGAAUCAAAGUUCAGAUCCAUGGUCAGGAUGAGCCGCCCUUCAUCGACCAGCUGGGCUUUGGGGUAGCACCAGGCUUCCAGACGUUCGUCUCAUGCCAGGAGCAGCGGCUGAUGUAUUUACCUCCACCCUGGGGAGAGUGCAAGAUGACUGCCAUAAGCUCUGACUUCUUUGAGGUGUACAGCAUCACCGCCUGCCGUAUUGACUGUGAGACGCGCUACCUGGUGGAGAACUGCAACUGCCGCAUGGUGCAUAUGCCUGGUGAUGCCCCAUACUGCACGCCAGAGCUCUAUAAGGAAUGUGCUGAUCCUGCUCUAGACUUCUUAGUGGAGCGAGACAAUGACUUCUGCAUGUGCGACUCCCCAUGCAACAUGACACGCUACAGUAAGGAACUGUCCUUUGUCAAGAUUCCCAGCAAGGCUUCUGCUAAAUACCUGGCCAAGAAGUACAACAGAUCAGAGGAGUACAUUGAGGAUAAUAUAUUGGUGCUAGACAUCUUCUUUGAGGCACUGAACUAUGAGACCAUUGAACAGAAGAAAGCCUAUGAGGUUGCUGGACUAUUGGGUGAUAUUGGAGGGCAGAUGGGACUCUUUAUUGGAGCCAGUAUCCUCACCAUCCUGGAGCUGUUUGACUACUUGUACGAGGUGAUCAAAUACAAGUUGUGCCGCUGUUCUGACAGGAAAGACUCGCAUGGUGCUGGAGGCAGCCAGGGGGCUGUUCUUAGGUUGGAUGAUGUCAAAUGUCACAUGACUCAUUAUCCAUAGCAUGGGAUCCUUAUCAGUAGCUACAACUUGGUUUCAGUAGCCAUCGUCUCACUCCAGAACCAGCCAGCACUUCAGAGUCUCAUCUUCUGGGGUCUUUUACGAGCAUUCUGCCUCUGAGGAUCUCAAGGACCAAAUUUGACACAUUCCUGUAUUAGGUCAUCAAGUACUUAGAUUGUCAUGUUCUGGGAGGUUUUAGAACCUCUGUUCUAGCAUUCUCUUUUGGUUUGUUUUUGUGCUCAGUAAAUCUUUGUUCUGUAAAGAUUUUGUAAUGAGAAAGCUCACAGCUUUGACUGCUGUGAGUGUUGACGAUGAAGAUCUUUUUCUGAUCAGUGAUCACUGACAUUGAGAUUGAUACUCUCCUAUAUUUCACCACAUUCACUUUCAAAACAUGAGUCACAUCCAAAUAUAUGCACUAUGCAAGAAUGUCAUUUUUACAGUUUGUCUGUAAUGUCCUUCAUUUGAACUUAAAGAAUAUCUUGAAAUCUAAAGGUUAUGAUUGAAUGGAUAUUGUCCUAGAUAACCACAUAGAUGACCAGGUCAUUUCUAUGAGCGUUGACCCAUUUACCACUAAGGAGGAAAUCCAUUUGAUGUGAUGUGUGUGUGUGUGUGUGUGUGUGUGUGUGCGUGUGUGUGCGUGCGUGUGCGUGCGUGCGUGUGUGUGUGUGUGUGCGUGUGUGUGCGAGCGUGUGCGCACAUGCGAGUCUGGGUCUAUGUGUAUGUAUGUCUGCUGCUGUAUGUGUUUGGCUCUAUGUGCGUGUAUGUAUUGGCUUCCUGUAAGUAAAGACAUGUUGUUAAAAUGAUGUGUUACAGCUCUUGUUGUUUGCUUGAUGUUUAUGUUUAUGGCAUAAUUUUCCCAGUUCAUUCAUGUAAUUCAAAUGCUGCCCUGAGAUGUUGGCAUUCACUUCUGAAUUGCAUGGAAUCCCAUGAUAUUGUUUGUCAAAUGUUGGCAUGUUUGUAUGUUUGUGUUUGUGUAUGUAUACGAAUGGAAAAGGUUUUUGUCUACCUGUUUUUUUGUAUGUGUGUGUGUGUGUGUGUGUAAGAGAGAGAGACACAUAGAGUCAGAAAGAAAGAGAGAGCAUCUAUAUUGCACCUGUGUUUGUCAGCAGUAUUUGCAUGUUAUUGAUGACAUGUUGUCCAUACCCAACUCAACAACAUUGCCUGAGCUGCCUUGCGCAGCAAAGGCCAUUUAUUUGGACACUUCCUAAAAAAACUGAACAAUCCAUUGGUACUAAAAUGAUAUUUUGCAACAAGAUAAAUAUGAUCUGCUAAAUACACAAAGUGAAACAUAUUGACCGCGAGGUAUACAUCUGGGAUGUGCAACACUAAGGCCUGCACACUUGUUUGGGGUAAUGCAGUCUGUUAGUAUGGUAUACUUUACACUGAGAAUGCUAUUUUUGUUGUCCAAAUGUAUUUUCUUACUCAACAUCAUGUCUCCUCGACCUGUUCCAGAAUCUGCAGUGUUCACACAAUGAAUCUGAUAAUUCAUGCUGGGCUGCCAGGAGCCUUAAACUUAAAGGCAUUUGAAACUGGAUAGCGCUUAGCAUUAUGACCUUAGCAUCGAGCAUACCACUCUAGUCAUAAUCUAAUGAAUCUUAUCCAUCUGCACCAUGAUGUUCCACAGAUGUGGCCAUCACCACACUUCAGUGUGUCAGACACUUGUACUGGGACCUGUAGACGGUGGGCAUUCUCACACCUCCUCUCACUGCCCAUCACUGCCACUGACAUUCACUCCUGUAGCUUGUUACCGAGGGAAGGGGCUUGUGGAACAGGUUCCAUGGGUGGCAGUUGAUGUGGAGGGUUCAAAUGUGGCCUGUAGGGGCCACAUCAUCAAAGGCCUUAAAAGGAAUGCUUUU